GGUUGUAUGAUUGCGGCGGUGCCUCCGAGGCUCGCGUGACAUGUUUAGUGGUUUUCAGCGGCAGCGGAGCGCGACGGAUCCGUGCAGACAGCUGUACUGGAUGUCGCGGACGCCAGGAUCUAUGGGCUCAUUAGCAGCGCUGUCUGCAGAGGCUCCGGCGCAUCGCACCUCCAGUCGCCUAAUCUUGUAUGCGCCUACACUCGCUCUAACCCGCUAUUUGUCUGUCUUCUCCAGGUGGUGAUUGGUUUUCCCUGACAGAGGCAAACGGGCCAAUCGGACGCAGCUCACAGAGAAGAUGGAUGAGUCCAGUGAGGCUCCAUGAGGAGGACAUUUCUCCCCGCGCCGCGCUAUGUCACGCUAGGACUCCUCGGCUGAUAUCCUCCCGUCUCUCCCGCCCGACGCCCCUCAGUCAGCCGUCCUCCCCCGCUCUGCAUCCUCUCCGGCGCCACCGUUUUAUGACCCCCUUCGUCCUCCGCGGGGUAUGACCGAGAGCGUCCGUCUUCUGGACAUGAUCCUCCCCACGGGCGCCGCCGGCCCGCGGGCCCCGGCCGGGGGGCCGCGGCGAUGUCCCCAGAAGGUGUCCGAGCGCUGCGUGGUGUGGGCCCUGUGCCUGGCGCUGCACCUCGCCCUGUCCUCCUGCCAGCGCGCCGACCUCAAGCACCCCAUCGUCACCACCGGCUACGGCAAGAUCCGCGGCGUCCGCAAGGAGCUGAACAACGAGAUCCUGGGCCCGGUGGAGCAGUACCUGGGCGUGCCCUACGCCACGCCCCCCAUCGGGGAGCGGCGCUUUCAGCCCCCCGAGGCGCCGGGCUCCUGGCAGGAGGUCCGCAACGCCACGCAGUUCGCCCCCGUCUGCCCGCAGAACGUGCACGGCGUGCUGCCCGAGAUCAUGCUGCCCGUGUGGUUCACCGACAACCUGGACGCCGCCGCCACCUACGUCCAGAACCAGAGCGAGGACUGCCUGUACCUCAACGUCUACGUACCCACCGAGGACGGUCCGCUGACGAAGAACAGCGACGAGUCGACCAUGAACCGGCCCCGGGACGAAGAUAUCCGGGACCGCCGUAAGAAGCCGGUGAUGCUCUUCAUCCACGGCGGCUCCUUCAUGGAGGGCUCGGGGAACAUGUUCGACGCCAGCAUCCUCGCCGCCUACGGCAACGUCAUCGUCGUGACGAUGAACUACCGCCUGGGCGUGCUCGGUGAGUCCCCCGCCCGGUCACAUGACAUCGCCUCCACCUGGUCACAUGACGUCACCCGCCUGGUCACAUGACACCACACAACCCGGUCACAUGACAUCACCUCCACCUGGUCACAUGACAUCACCUCCAUCUGGUCACAUGACAUCACCUCCACCUGGUCACAUGACAUCACCUCCAC